AUUUUCACUAACGAUAAACAAGUUGAAAAUUUUUCAGAUGAAUGUCACUGUAAUACAUUGCCAUCUACAUACUAUUUAUUACAGAUUGGAAGUUAUUUUUCGUUUGGUAAAUUCAAACGGAAAAAUAUUUUUAUGAGUCUUGUUUUUCCUGAAGAAUCUAAUUUAAAUAUAGAAACCUUUACCUUUAAACAAAUAAGCGAGAAAAUGAUCCUAUGCAAAAAUGUAUAAUUUUAUUCGUCAGAGAUUAUAGUGUUUUUUCUAUGUUGGAACUUUUAAAAACAAUACGUAACUGGUAUCCAGAAAGUAACAUUCCUAUCUGGGGAGGUUUAAUGGAUAGGCUCAAUGUCUGCCAACGUUGUUUUAAUAAAACUCAUUGUACAUCUGCAGCAGAGAUGGUACUUAUGUUUAUAAGUAGUCCGGAUAUGAAAGUUUGGAAUGUAACUUUAGAUAAAACAUGCAAUAGUAUGAUAACUAUUAGGCAGAAAUUAACAACGUUUAAAGAAAAAGUAGAGUUGAAGUUAUAUUCCAUAGCUUUAAUGUACUUUUCUUCGAGACAUAUUGAUAAACUCGAUACGAUCCAAAUCAAAGCAUUCCAAGAAAUAUUUCCAAAUAUAAUUUUAUAUCCAAUUUACGGUGAUGCUUCGAUUGGAGGAGAAACUUGGGUAGAAAUAAUAAGCACAACUUUUAUGGAGGGUCAAAAUACAACUUUCAUGAUACUUACAUAUAAUUAGUUAUUUCUGAAGUGAAAGCAUUUUGGUUGAAUUAAAACAUAACGUGCAUUUAAAUGACGAAUUCACCGAAAAGGAAAAUGUAUAUGUACUUUUAUGUAUAAUAACCAAGUAAUAUUUUAGUACCUAGGUUGUAAAAAUCAUUAUCAUUAUUAUAU